CAGGUGUCACACGAGGGCUUUGUCCAUAGUAGGCUUCUGGGGGCACCGUUGACGCUUGCUUACUGAUCCAAGGCUCAGGUUAUUAUGGGCAAGUCGGAAAGUCAGAUGGAUAUGAUUGAAAACGGUGCGGCUAGCAGGCCAAGGCGGCGUGGAUGGUCGUCCAGGGAGCGGGCACUCGUGGGCUUGGUGAUUUUAUUAUCAAUUGCAUUUCUCGCCCUUCUCAUUGUAUUUGCUAGCUGGGACGAUGGUGUCUGUACUUCCUCUGACUGCGUACAAUCUGCAUCUAGAAUCAUUGAGAAUAUGGAUACCUCCAUAAAACCUUGUGACAAUUUUUAUGAAUAUGCCUGUGGUGGAUGGAUUAAAAAAAAUGUGAUUCCUGAGGCGAAUGCUCGCUAUAGUACAUUUGACAUUUUAAGAGAAGAGCUUGAAGUUGUUUUAAGAGGAGUGUUGGAAAAACCUGAUUCUUCUGACAUUGCUGCAUUGAAGAAAGUGAAAACCUUGUACAGAUCCUGUGUCAAUGAAACUGCCAUUGAAAGCAAAGGUGGAAUGCCAUUGAUUAAUGAACUACAAGCUAUGUUUGAAUGGCCUUUGGCAACAACAAACUGGGAAAGAGACUAUGGAGAUUUAUGGACAGCUGAGCAAUCCAUAGCAAAGCUGUAUACAUCGUAUGCGAGGCAAAUUAUUGUAAGCUUUUAUGUUGGGACCGAUGACAAAGAUUCCAAUUCGCAUAUUAUCCAUCUUGACCAGCCUGGACUUGGCCUUUCUGCCCGUGAUUAUUAUACAUGUACAGGUAGUUAUGAAAAGGCAUGUAGUGCAUAUACCCAGUUCAUGAUGGAUGUUGCAAUAUUAAUACGCAAAGAGAAAAAUGUGACCACUGAUGAAAUCCGGCUAGAAAAAGAAAUAACAAGAAUAAUGGACCUGGAGAAAGAAAUCGCAAAUGCAACUACGAAACCAGAGGACAGAACUGACCCAAAUGAGCUUUAUCACAAAAUGCUUCUAUCAGAUGUUCAGAGUAACUUUUCCCUGAAAUUUAGUGGUCAGGAAUUUAACUGGACAAGUUUUGCAAAUGAAAUACUAUCAAUGGCGAACUUGACCAUAACUGAUAAUGAACCAGUUGUGGUUUAUGCACCAGAAUAUUUUGUUAAACUUGGGCCUAUAUUGGAGAAAUACACUGCAAGAGAGAUUCAGAAUUAUCUUGCCUGGCGAGUUGUAAUGGACUAUGUGAAAACCUUGAACCAGAAGUACAAAGAUACAAGACAAGCUUUUCGUAAGGCACUUUAUGGAACAUCAUCAGAUCCUGCUAUUUGGCGUUACUGUGGAAACUAUGUGAAUAGUAACAUGAGAAAUGCUGUUGGAAGAUUAUAUAUAGAUGAAGCAUUUUCUGGAAAAAGCAAAGACAUGGUUGAAAGCAUGAUCCAGGAAAUUCGUAAUGUGUUUAUUGAAACGUUGAAAGAACUGCAUUGGAUGGACCCAGAAACAAGAAACAAGGCUGCAAUGAAGGCAAGAACAAUUCAGAAUAGGAUUGGUUAUCCAGAUAUUGUAAAAGAUGAUGAAAAACUGAACAAUGAAUACAAAAAUGUUGACUACAAGGAGAAUGAAUUUUUUGAAAAUGUAGUUACAAAUGUGGAAUUUGUACAAAAGAAGAGACUGAAGAGACUAAGAGAAAAGGUGGACAAAACAGAGUGGUUUACUGGGGCUGCAGUAGUAAAUGCCUUCUACUCCUCAAGCAGAAAUCACAUAGUCUUCCCAGCAGGUGUCCUGCAAGCACCAUUCUUCAGUGCAAACCAGUUGCAGUGUUUGAACUAUGGAGGAAUAGGUAUGGUUAUCGGACAUGAAAUCACCCACGGCUUUGAUGACAAUGGUAGACAUUUUGACAAAGAUGGUAGACUGACUGACUGGUGGUCUCCAGAAUCUGCAGAGCAGUUUAACAACCUUUCCAAAUGUGUUGUGUACCAGUAUGGAAACUAUUCCUGGCACUUGGCAGGUGGACAGCGGCUCAGUGGAAUAAACACCCUAGGAGAAAACAUUGCUGAUAAUGGGGGAGUAAGGCAAGCAUACAAGGCUUAUGAAAACUUUGUCAAGAAGAAUGGGAAAGAACCUUUGCUUCCUGGCAUAGAUCUAAACAGCAAGCAGCUGUUCUUUGUAAACUUUGCACAGAUAUGGUGUGGAAACUACAGGCCAGAAUUUGCUGUUAAUUCACUCAAAACAGAUGAACACAGCCCAGGUUACUUCAGGGUUAUAGGAAGCUUGCAGAACUUCCCUGAGUUUUCUGAUGCAUUUUCCUGUGGUAAAAGUGAUUACAUGAAUCCUCCUCAGAAAUGUCAUAUAUGGUAACCGACCUGCACCUAAACUGUAUUCAUAAUUUUAAAAUCAAGACUGCUGUCUGUAUGAAUACGAAUGUGGAUUUCUAUAACAAACGCAAAUACCAGUAGCAUCUUUGUACUUCAUAACGACUGGGCCUUAUCAUUUUAAACAGACCGAUAAGGAGUAAUGACAUUUAGAAAUCAUUUGGUUUAGUCUCUCUGAAGUUUUUACAAAAAAGAUGUAUAUGAUUUCAGUGUAAAUGAUCAAAAUGUUGAACAAAAAAGUCUACAAAAACAUGUUAGACAUUUACUCUAUUAAGCAUCCAAAGCACUGAACUUGCUGAAACAUUUUUCUUUUGUGAUCUUUAAAUUAAAACCUUUCUGUAACUUGUCUGAAUAGUGGAAAUAUUAUAGAAAGGUCCUUUUUUAAGGAAAUGUUUGGGAUUAGGGCAAAAGUUAGGGGCAGGAGCAGGUUUACGGUUAGCACACAUUACUAAUUUAAUAAAGUGGAUUUGGCUGGCUUUAACCCCCUGCACCACCUUAGGUAAUGAGUGCUAAUCCUAAACAUAAUGCUGCCCCUAACUCUGUAAUUUUCCUUAAGAAAACUCUUUCCGUAACACUAUAACUAUAAAAGACAGGCUCAGACACAGACAGGUACCAAUAAAGUUGCACAUUACUAGAUCUAUCCUCUUACCUAACCCUUACUCUAACCCUAACCCACAAACACUAGCACAGACACUCCCCCCUUACUCUAAUUCCAAUCUUAACCAGCAGCACACACACACACUGCUCAUACAAACCCAAUUGUUUGGGUAAAACAGACAUUUGACAUAAAGAACAUUUGAUAAAAUGAUCCUACAGUUUAUCUUGUUGAGCAAAUGAAUGUUUGACAGAAUGGGCAAACAUUUUAUACACACACACACACACACACACACACACACACACACACACACACACACACUUGGAUUGAUAGAUAAAUAGAGAAAUGUGGCUCCAUUCCUUACAUUUGAUUAAUGGUACAUCAACAGCAAAACAGUAGGGAUAGAUGUAGUACAGCCAUCAGAGUAUGCGUCAAUAAUAAUAAUCAUAAUUCAGUCAAUAGCUGAUCAUACGGGAAGGCUUGCAUUUUACAUGUAGAAUACUUUUGUCAUGCACAUCCCCAUAGUUAAAUAAUCAGAGAAGGGGGACUGAAUAGUCCAUUCCUGCAAUAAUUUAGUCUUGAAGUGGUAUUAAGUAGGGGCUGAGAUUAGUGUAACCCCCAAAUGGGAAGUGCAGGGUGGAUUGCCAUCUUGAUUUUUUUAUUAGUAUUUUUUUCUGUUAUGCAUUCUUUCCAAAAAUGCUUAUUAGAAGAUUUUUAAUUAGUUUUUUUUCAUGGUAUUCAGCUAAAUGAUUUUAUUUUGUCAUGCACAUUAGUAUAAUUUGAAUUAUUACAGUUGUGUUUCUUCAUUGUUUUCAAGGAAAGUAGCACUUGGCUUUUUUGGCAUAAAUUCCACAGACACAACAUUCAUUGCUUGUAGUACUUGUGUCUCCCUUCAGGGGUAAUCAGGAAGUGUUCAUCUACUUUACCCUUUCCAUGAGUUUCAUGAUUUGUUGAAAUUUCUCUUAUGGAACUCUAUGUGGUAGAUAUAUAGGCUUACUUUUCCUUGCAUUUUGGAACAGCUGCAGUGUUUGAAAAGCUAUGAUUUUUUUCAAAUCUGUGCUUGUGAGAUGAAACAAAAUAUGGAGAACUUCUAAGGGCACAUUAUUUAAAUAAAUAGCAUCAAAUUAACAGUACAGAAGACAAAAUUAAAAAGGUAGAUAACUGAUAUGUUUUCAUAGAUGCUAAAUUCAGAGAGGUGAGAGAAACAAAUGCUUUGGUUUCCAGUAUGAAUGGACAAAUGGCAGUUCACCAAAGUGUGAACUCCCCGAACCCAUUUCCCUGAAAUAAAAUCCUAGCGAAGGGCAAGCCCACUGCAUACUCACACCCCCCAAUAUAAUAUAAUCAACUCCAUGGUUGCACUGUCAGGGGAAAGGAGGCAAACACCACAAAAUGACACUUAGUGCCUGCAUAGUUCCCAAGCGGUACUUCUCAGUAGAGAAGCCAGCAUUGUUGGAGAAUCCUAUUUCAGGGAGUUGAGGCACAAGGAAUUGGAAUUAAUCCAGCAGUAGUGUAGCCGUUGUUCUGCUCACAAACUGUUUUCUUUCCCCAUAGUGUUGGCAUCUUUUGAAUAGGAAUAAUUUUUAUUUUUAAGUUUUAUGUUUUCUUUUGUAAUGUUUUACUGUUUUAUAUUACGUUGUGGUAUAAGCAAAAGUUUAGUUUACCUUUCACUAUUAUGUGCAACACUCUGCUUUCAUAAGGUUCCCAAUAACAAAAAUUAAUAUCAGUCGUAGUAAUUUACAUAAGCAAGUACAAUCAAGAAUCAGUUAAGCUAUUAAUCCACGACAGGUGAAUAACGUGUGUUACCCUAUAGUGAUAUAAUUAAAAUCUUAAUAUUGUUUAAAAAUGAACCCUCAAGACUGGUACACAUUUAGGCACAUUCUUCUACCAAGCACAUGUGUAAGUGUUAAACUUUUCUUUUAGACUUUGGUGUAAAAUUAUCUGAUAUUUGUAUUUUCAUUUAUUAAUAUAUAAUGUGUAUUCAGCCUGAAGACCUCCUCUAUCAGUAGCAUUGUACAUUUCACUUAUACCUCAUCUCUAGAGGAAUUCAGAAGUGGAAGUUGGCGCUUGUAAUAAUUAAUGUCUCACUUCUGUUUCCUUUCUUUCUGAUAUUAUUUAGCCAUUUACUUUUAAAUGUAUAGAAGUAUGCAGAAUGUCAUCUUUUAGUCAGAUAGCAAAAAUUGCAUUCAUGCUUAACCAAAAGUAUUAUGAUAUCCAAAAAGAAAAUUCUACUAGUACAUUGAAUACUUACAGAAUGUCUUACCAAAGAUUCUGGACUUUCAUGGUUAUUAACCAGCCUUUGUAUUGUUUUAUGUUGUAAAUCAUUUUAAUGUCUCAGCUGGUACUGCAGUCUAAAUUGUGGUUAAAACAGUACAUCAGCUGUGAAGUUUAAGGAAAUUAUAUAAAAAUAUAUGAAUAAGUUUUAUGCUGAUAAAAAUGUACUGCUGUAGAGGAAUGCCUUAAUUCCAUUUUGAAAAGUCUAUACAUAGCAUGCUGUAAUGUGUAUUUAAUACCUUUCAGGAUGCCUGAGUUAUAAAAUAUAUAAAUUAAAAGCCACCCAUGAAAUUUGGAAAAGGAAAAAAAUAUAGUAUUCAUUCCCCCAUACUGAAAAAGGAAGGAUUGUUAAGUCUUAUUUGUUAAAUAUAAAGCAAAACAAACCUGAUAAAUAAUUCAAAUAAUUUAUUAUCUGUUGUGUCUUGAAACCUUUUACUCAGGUGUACAAGUUUCUUACUACUUAAUCUUAGGCUGGGAUUCAUAGACUAAUUACUGAGUGCCCACAUAAUGCUUAUAUUUGAGGAUUUUACUGCAUGAAGCAGUGGAGAAAUAAUUAAAGGCAUUGCAGACGGUAUCCAUCUGAAAUAUCAAGACCCGCUGUAGAUCAAGUCCUAAAAUACAGAGAGUGAAUGGCUGAAAAGCAAACUUCCAUAUACUAAGUCCAAGAUGUACAUUAUGAAAUAUUCUUUUCACAUCAGGGAUACGGGGGGGACUUUUCCCUGCUUAAAGGAGACGAAUGAUGCUUGAGAUUCACUCUUCUCCUCUGUUUUCAAUCUUUUUUCAGUCAGCACUCAUUUCGAGUGCCAGCAUUUCAAUAGGGAGCAGUAAUAAACAGCAGAUAGUGACUUCAUGCUAAGCAAACGUCUGCAUAAGAAAACAGAAGCCGUGCAGAAACAGGAAAAAACAGUGUUAUAGCACCACAUGGCCAUUUGGGACCAGUGCUACAACAGCAUGAGAGUGAUAUGAAAGAUGUCAAAUGUACAACAUGGUAGCAUGGCUGAUGCAGUUCAUGCCACUAUGCAGUAGCUGAAUCCAGGGGAAGACAGCCUCAGGAAGGGCAACAGAGCUCAAUACAGAGCAAAGGGAUAUGCCAGUCUGGGUAUCCAUAUAAAUGGGGAUAAAAUGGGGUAGGUAGCAAAGUAGGAGAGGGGAUCACAGAAAGCAGAGUUAAGUAUGGAAGUGUAAUCAUAAUAGAGGGAUGGAAAAAGAAAGGGUAGUUUUAAAGAGGGACAGACAUUUUUUAAUGUUUUAAUAAGAAAGGUGGUUGAAGGGUGGCUGUGAGUGGGCUAGAAGGGGAAAGAUAGGUAGCAGGGACAGACAGACAUGGAACAGAGACACAGUCAGAUGAGGUCAUGUACACAGAGAUAGUGGUGCGGACGUAGGAUGAGCAUGUAUCGAAGGUGGACAGUUAGUGCUGGAAAACAAGCAAGUAAUGGGGAAUGGCACCUGAGGUAAAGAGCACUAAGAAGGGGUAGGGCGGGCUAUUGGUAUGGUUGCUUCCAGGUCUGUGCAGAGAUGAGCAAAACCAGACAUCGCUCAUGGGACGCUGCUAUGGUCUAGUUGCUCCACUGGUGACCAAGUAGUUCAGGCCUGCAGGUCACACAACUUUACCAGUAUUACGAAUGUCAGCAUUUUAAGCUUUCAGUGUUAUAAGAAUUCGAAAAGAAUUCAAAAUUUUCAUCUCAGUAAUAUGAAAUUCGCAAUUUUAGGUUUUCAGUCUUAUAAAGUAGAUCUGUUUUCAAUAUACUUGUAUGACAGUGUAGUACUACAAGAGAGUUAUGACAACCAAAAAAUAUGUUUGCAGUGCAUCCCUCAGUCACUUUCAUGAACCUCUACCUCCUACUGAUAACACAAAUUGGGUGGUAUCGUUUCAGGUGAAUAAAGCAAUGAUGAAACUUCCCCUGAACAGGUGAUGUAAAUGUAAUCUUUUAAUGCCUAUGCCAUGUCUUGUCAGGGAUACACACUUUCAAAGGGCAUCAUAAUGGCCCGAGAGGUAUUAUUUGUAGUCCAUGUGCCUAAAGAACAGAAGCACCCUGCUGUUUUGGUGCAUCAGGCAGAAGCCCUGCUGUUACUACUGCCUGAAUUAGCCAUAGCCACCCGGUAGGUCCUCUCAAGGAGCAUUAUAUUAGUCUCAUGUAUAUGGAUGCACAUUUGUAAAUCACUUUCCCUACAAUGUAGUGCUUCUUCAUGGUGCUGUGUAUGUAUAUAUGGCAUCACGAGAACAUAUAGGUGACAUGUCUUAUGAUGCAUGUUAUACACAAUGCUGACACCACUAUGCAUGCAGAGUGCAUUCUGCACAGGCAGUGAUUCACAGUCAUUGACACUAUCUGGUUUAAUUUGCAUAACUGCCACUCUAGCUGCUUCCUGCUACUCACAGCAUUGCAAAGAUGAUGAAUGAGCUUUCUGGCUGGAAAGGGAGCAUGUACCAAUCACCCAGGAACCUAAAGUAUAGGCACAGAGAAAGAAAAGUUUUGCUGAUGUUUCUGGUGGCACAAAUUGCCUCUGUAGGAAUGUCUAUUUAGACAAAUUGCAACUGAGAUCCCAUUUGCCUCUCCAGGCUAUAUCAUCCAUGGUUGUGACGGGAUCUUGAUGCAAGGUUGUCAGGCACAGGCAUCCCUUAUCAGACUAUACACACUAUUGGUGACUGUCAUCUGUAGCCACAUGACCUGCCUCCCUGGUUGUGGCAUUGUCCACAUCAUAGGUGGUGACACUCAGUGGGCUCUACACAUGAAAUGCCCCCUCAAGAUGCAUCUGCACAGUUUCAUAAUCCUAAAUGUUACCUGUAACAGAAUGUUUUCAACCCUGAAACCACAAGCUAACACUGUGUCACUGCUGGUGAUCAUGUAAUAGAAGCCUCACCACAACACACAGCUAGAGGAUGUGAUCCCUGAUUUCCCACAACUUCUCAGAGUACAUGGCUACUCUCUUCACCUUUCUUUUGUCAUACUUUCAAUUUGGUUAUAAAUGUUUGUUUAUAAAAAAAAUAUAUAUAUAUAUUUUAUUGUAACCUCAGUAUUUUUGUUUUGUCUUAGAACCACAAAUAGUUAAAUUGUAAAUUGCUAUAAUUUUUCUGUAACCUUUGCAUUGGAGCUUUUCUCCCUAGGACUCUAUUGAAAACAGGUUAUUUUGGCCCAAUGGACUAUCCUGGUUAAACAACUGCAAACAAAAUAAAAUAUAAAUACAAUUUAAUUCCUACUCCACGUUAUACUUGCAGUAACCUGGCACUGUGUCCUUCCACCUGUGGAAAUAUUGCAUGCAUCCCUUUAUUCUGUGUUGCCUGUGCAUUGGCACAAUGUUGUGGAUCAGUUGCCACCUCUUUCCUAGUGCUACAACUUAUUGCACCCACAUCUGUCUUGGUUGUGGCCUUCCUGCUGCAUGUUCCUCUUCAGACUGCUCACCCUGCCUUUCUGCUGCUACUGCAUGAUUAUUAGGCAUGUCCUGCCAUGAUGGUCUUCUGCUGCUCCAUUUGUUCCUACCACAACUGGUUUUGGAGCACGAUACACACAUACAUAUUGCUGUGUAUAUAUCUGGACAACAUCCCUUUCAUAGUCCAAACAAAGCCAUGUCUAACCCAGAAUUAAUGGACAUGCUCCACCUCAAAAAAUCCAAAUCCCUUAGAGCUACACGCUCCAGGGACUUAAACCUCAGCACAAAAAUAAAUUG